UGUAUUGAAUGAUGACGAGUCAAGCAAUUUAGUCGUCACCAAACGUGUGCGAACCACUUAGAUUCUGGCAACACGGAUUUUAAACAAUAGUUGCCUUUCUCACAUACCCACUGAUUAUACCAUCCAUCACUGUUUAGCAAACUGCUUAGCAAUGAAGAUCCCUAGAGAGGUUCAAUGCAAAACCUGUGCGCAAGUGUUUUGUUGCGCCAAGUGCCGACAAAAACAUGAGGACAACAAUCACAAGGACGUGAUAGCCAUUCGACAGAUUUGCUACAUCUGCAACAAUCGACCGUUCCCGUUACGAAUUGAUACCAAAGUUGUCCCAAAUAAUUUACUAGUGGGACAUAUCCUGAAGGAACAUCUUCCCUUAAGGUGCAAUCGGUGUGCUAAGAUUUUCCAUACUGCUGCAGAUUUCCAAUCGAUAACACGAUGUUUUACUGUGAAUGAAGAAGAAAAAAUCGAUAACGCAUGUCACUUGGAACGUAAUAACCUUAGCAUACCCACAAUUAUGGAAGCUGUCGUGGAAUGCUCGAAUCAGGUCGAGCUUGAAGUGGAAAACAAAGAAAAUAUUAGUGAAAAUUGCAGUACAAAUUCUUCUAACCUUUCGGGUGCGCACAAAGAAACUCAAAUACACCCUCAGACGGCUAUUAAGGUUAAAAACUCCGCCGUUGCGAUGAUGCCUCCUCGAAUCUCCAAGGAGCUGAGCGCUAUUAUCGAUCCGAUCGAGGAAAUCGGUGAAAUCAAUAAAGCUAUGCUGACUCCUCUCUCAAUGAUUAACCUACGCUGGAAAAGAAAAAGCCGACAGAGCUUCGAUAGCAUGCUAUGUACAACCAGCAAUAUUUCGGCCGUGAACGCAUCGGUAGAGGCGGGUCAUGUUCCUCCCAGCCCAAGUAAGAAGCUAGUGCGAACUACUUCGACUCCGAUGAUGCGGGGAUGUCUGCCGUACGUGAAGAUAGCAAAUGAGUCUUACACGAGUGCAAUGGGACAGAUGUCUAGUAUACAUCACAGCAAUAGUGGCAGUGAUUCCGAUUCUAAGGCGGAAGAUCCGACACCACCGUCUCCGACUUCCUAUGAACUACAAAAGGUACGUGCGAUCAGUCGAAAUAGAUCGCGUGUGGCUGCCACCCCUCUUAGACAGGUCAUGUCGAAAAGUAUUCAACGAGCAAUUGCACAGCAUGGCUACUACUCCAAAAUGCUAGCCCCGGGCACUCAACGUAAAAUGAGCUUCAAUUCGACCAAUAGCAGUGGCAUGAACAGCACAACCGGGUCUCCGUCUCGUUGCGCAUUGGAUUUACGAACGACGCCCGCACUAAAAAGAGCAUCUAGUGAGUCGUCUUCCUUGUUCCAUAGAACGGCCAAAAUGAUUUGUCUUCCAAAGACGCAAAGUGAAGAAUCUACGAUAGGCGAUGUCAGUUCCAAUUAUUUUGAGGCCCGCCAGGACUUGGAUUCUCCGACUGGUAGCGACAUUCUGGAGCAGGAAAAUCGAGACAAUCAAAGUAUUGCAGAUGGUAGUUUAGUCCUAAGGCCUAAAGUGAAACCUGAACUGCCAGCUCAUAGUUAUCAGGACACACCAAAAAUAACUGGCGGAAUGUUGAAGAAAGUUAUAAGUUUUGCAUCACCAGAAAUAACUCGGCUGGGUAGAUCUGACAAUUUCGAAGAUGAAAAUGGCGAUGUGUGGUCUACACCGUGUGCCGUACCUCCGAGAAGCUUUAGCUGUCCAGAUGUGGGAGAUUCACGCUUCGAUUCAAUUCUAACGGAGUGCAGUAGUGACUUUUCUGGUACCGAUGAUGUAUUCGUUUCGCCAACGAAAGUGAAAUCCCAUCAACAGUUGAAAUCUGCGUCGCCAGUAGUUGGAACUGGCAAACUAUGGACUAUUGUAACUAACGUCAUUCGACUUGCCACCCGUGGAGACAUCCAGGAAGAAAUUGCUCGAGCGGCACCCACUUCCUCCUGCGGAUCUGAGAGUGAGAACAGACUUUCAUCGACUUUGGUAAAAAAAGCUGCAUCGUUCGCUGGUUUUUUGAAAAAUCGCUUCCCAGCUCGACAACAGCAACGGCAAUCAUCAUCCGGUUCUGACGAGUUCGCUGUCACUGACAAUCAGGGAGGUCUCAAACGCCGACGGACGGCUUCCAUCUACACCAGACCGUACGAGUUUAUUGGGAAAGCUACUACCGUUAAGCUGAGCUCUAGUCCAUUAGCCAAGAAGAAGCGAAUUCAGGGAAGGCAGCCCAUCGAACGCAUGAGAAGCAAUAGCAGCCAAAGCGGAAAUGCCAGUGAUAUUUGACGAGAAUUGUGCAACUAGACAGUCGAUUCCAGAUGGGUUUUGGUUUUACUAUAUAGGUACUUGUUUCUGAUUCUUCAUUUAUUGUGUUUUCUAUGUUAAACGGAAUUGAUAAAGUUUGUAAUUGCAUAUUUUUAUGAAGUCUGAAUGUAACAGUGCCAUAUACCCGUGUCACCGUGUGUAGUAAAUGAAUAAAUUAAUGAUAAAAGUCA